AUGCACCCUUCACGGUCGCGCAUUACGUAUCCUGUGCAAAAGUAUCGCACUAGUAUAAAUCGCAAUACAAAUUAGCUCAGCAAUACAAUAUUGAAUUUGUAAUGCUGAUUUGCCUUAACAACUAGAUUUGUAAUGCGUAACUGCAAUUAGUACGAGUACGAUACUUUUGCAAUGCAUAUUACGUCAACGGGCGCAACCUGGACGAGAUCCCGGAAGUGGUCGAGGUGGUGCAGAUAUCAAAUGCAAAAAUGUCUGGGUCUGGAAGAAUGCGGGAUUUGUCAUGCAGCUUUCCCAUGACCUAUGAGGUCUGGAAUGCAGGACCUAGCAUGACAGAUUCUGUGCGAUAUCUCUCAUGCCUAUCCUGCAUGAGAAACUCCCUCCCGACUUGGUCAAAACUGGACGACCUUUGGUAAUCUCGCAACACAGUUUUUUGCAUGCUUCAGAUUUAGCAUGGGGCGUUAGGCCUCGCUUCAGAGGGGCGUUAGGCCUCGCUGCCGGUGCUGUCGGUAGCGGAUGUCCGCGUCCCUUAGGUGGGUGCUGUCCGGAGUUUGUUUAUAUCAGCGCUUAGGUGGGUGCUGUGGUGGUUUUCAGCGGGCCGCACCCAAGGACUCCAUCCACUCGCCCCGCGCAACACAAUAGACGUUUUUGGCUGCAGACAUGAUAAAAGUCCACCUAUUUCAAGGGGCCGCACCCCGUUUUUUUAUGCUCGGCCCGUUCCUUGCACACAGUGCGCAGCACCAGGCGGGACCAUAGGUGAGCUUCUAUCUCUGGCGACAUUCAUGUGGACAUAUUAAAGCAACAUGAUGACAACUAAGCUUUCUUUUACAGUUACCGCUGCGCUUUGCAACUACAGCAAUCGAGGUAGUGCUGACCUGUUUUUUUUACAAAUGAAGCGAAAAGGUCUGACAUUUCAAAAAAAUAAGUAGUUUCAUCUUCUCGUCGCCGACAUAAGUAAUUUGAGGUGCCGCACACCUCUAUCUCUAGUCUCUUGUUGAUUAGUUAUAUAGACUAUAGACUAAUACGAACUUGACUCAAAGGCUGUAGAGGAAAGUUCUGAGACCCUUAAACAGCAUUAGAAAUUGCGGCUCAACCUGGAGCAAACCUGGGGCAAACCCCUAGGGCUUUUCGAAGUGGUCUUCUUUCCUAUUUGCGAAUACGCACGGCAGUCGGCCCAAAAGAUGGAGGCCGAGCCGUAGGGGACGAGCAAAAACCACAAAAAGCGCGACACUUUGGAAGUGCUGAACCUGCAUGCUAUUACGACAAAAGCUGGGACCUUUCUGGGGGUCGGGCUCUAGGGCUUUUCAGAUGUUCGCACACUUUUUUUUCUAAAAUGCGCGCUACUGUGAAAAUAUUUGCGACAAAUUCUACGGCUUGGGCUGUAGCGGUUCGGCACGAUGAACGACAAAGAAACCCCUAGGCGCUACAAAAAUACCCCGAGCCCUAGACGCAGUGACGCCCCUGCCCCCUCGCUCAGAAGAGAACCGCUUGCCCCCUUCAAUAUGAAAGUGCCCCUCGCCCCCCGUGCGGUGCGCCCUGCUCCUGGUGGAACCUCUUGCCCCUGCGUGUUGGCGCCUGCCCCUUAGCCCUGGCAGUAUUUCUUACUUACCCUUUGCGUUAGGUCUUGCCCCCCGCGGUGCAUCUUGUCCCCCGCAGUACAUCUUGCCUCUCGCAGUACAUCUUGCCCCUCGCAGUACAUCUUGCCCCUCGCAGUGCAUCUUGCCCCUCGCAGUACAUCUUGCCCCUCGCAAUGCACCUUGCCCCUCGCAGUACAUCUUGCCCCUCGCAGUGCAUCUUGCCCCUCGCAGUGCAUCUUGCCCCUCGCAGUACAUCUUGCCCCCGCGCAUACGCCUCGCCCCUGGUAGGACUGCUUGCUGCUUGUCGUGCUAGCGCCCCUUUUCCAUCGCAAUGCGUUAGACCUCGCCUCGGCAGGCACAUUGCGUUUUCUUUGGGCCGGUCGUUUGUUUCAUCCUUUCAAGCAACCGACCGCAUGUGGACCAGGGACGGAGCGCAUGAAAGUCUCCCGGGCUCCAUCCUCGAGGACUUCUAUGCACUAAAUAUCUACGGACGCUGCAAAAUCUACAAGCCUUUGAGUCAGCUCGCCCAUGUUUCUAUAGUCCCUCAAUUAUGAAGAAGUUGCCGCGCCGUUGUGCCAACACGGCGGCGCGAGUGCAGCAUACUUUUUACUCGUUCGGUCGCGCAUGUGUGGUGCAGCCCGCUCAGAGUUUUUUGUUUUUCAUGCGACUCUGCAGCACUCACGCAUAAAUUUUUGCAUGUUCCAAGUCUGACGACUUUCAUGGGCUCACGCACAUCCGGGAUCGGGGGGGUAGGAGGGUGUCUUCAAGCCAAAAAAAAAUCCCUUUAGAAGUAUAGCGGGAGGCGAAGGACCAGAUUUAGCAUGACAAGUUGCAUUCUUCCAGACCCAGACACUUUUACAUUUGAUAGCAGAACUUCGUCCAGCAGGAGGCUCAGGUAGAAACGGGCAGGCAGCUGUCGUUGAUUCUGCUUCUGGGCACGAGCACGGAGUACGCCACGUCGCUCGGACUGCAGCUCCACUGCAUUGCCCCGGUUGUCGACGCGCAGGAACUCCGCAUCCUGCCCGAGGACCUGCAACUGCCCGCAGAACAAACGACUCCCGGCACCGCAGCUGCUCGUAGUACUGGAACAAGCUUGAACUCCACGAGCUCGUCGCUCACGUGGAGAUUGCUAACACGGAAGUAUCAAGAGGAACCCGAAGGCAGCGGUAACCAGCGCGAUGACCUCUCCCGCCCGGAAAACCGUGCGAGUGCAGAGUUCGUUAUGAAUACAGGAGCGACGAGUAGCGACCGUGAAAGCCCUUCAGGACCUCCCGGCUUAAAAACUUCGCCAAGCGCUGCAGCAGAAGCAGUUCCUCAGCACACAGACGACGCAAUUACGACAGAGCUGCGGCCGUGGCUCCUUGGUCGAUCUGACCUCCCGCCGCGAAGUAUCAAAGUGAAAAAAGCCCCCACCCCAUAUCGGAAACGGAAGAUGCGCGAAUUUGUGAUGCUGUGUUUGAGUACACAAAUCGACUUGCAUUGGUAGAAGUCCAAGAGACGAAGCUGCGGCCUAAAUUGCAGGGAAUGUGUCAUGCUGUUUCCCACUUCCAGUUGCCUCCUGUCAUCCUGGAGCUGGAAGGCUUUCCCACGCUAGGCAGCACUACAGUUCGCAUCCUUUGCCUUGUAGCAUCACAAAGCUGAUUUGUGACAACAAAUCUGCAUCACAGAUUUCCGUUUUGAUAUGGGGAGGGGGCAUGUCUCAUUGUAAUACGAAGAGUUGACCUGAACGGACCGGAUUGGGAAUUUUUCGUAGCGCCGACGGCCGUCGGUGGGGGCCCACUUGCAGAUAUUGGCGAAAAUAUCGAAAACCCGAUGAUGUCACCCGUAUACGUGGGUAACAUCACGGUGCCUUUCGCCCCCCAAUCCGUCUUGAGUGGAUUGCAAAUGAAGAUCUCCAGUACGGAGAGGGUGUUCUACAAGAAAUCCGGGAUCAAAUUGAUCGGAAAAGAAGAAACAGCAUCUGUAGCUGCAUCAAUAUCUGACGACCCAACGGCAGCCGGGAAUACUAGCGAGGCACUUCUGGAAAAUUUCGAGUACCUGCUGACCAUAGACGCCUGUGACUGGAGUUGCGAUGUUUUUUUGAACGGUGAGCCGCUUGUCGCCCAUCAAGGAGGGUACGACCGAUUUCAGGUAAAGAUUCCGGAAAAGUGGAUUUUGCCUUCCUCGCAAAGCCAGUCCACUAGCUCCUUCGAGCUGCUGAUUACAAGUUGGGAUCCAACCGAUAAGGGAUGCGAGUUCGUGCAGUCUCCCCCGGUUCCCUGCAUUAAGUGCUGCGCGGUGGCAACUCAGCCACGCGGGAAGCAGGUACUACAUCAAAUCACACUUUGCACUAAUAAAAAAAAGGAAGAUCCAAACAAACCAAACGCAUAUAGUUAGACGCAAAGGAGGACUCUUAAAGGAUCUGCGAAGAGUGAUCGUGAAGUCAAGGCUCGAAGAGUUGUUCAUGGCUUCGCUUCUCUCGCAUAAUUCCGAAAAAAUCGCCAUUUACGAUUACGUAUACUCACACUAUCCACCACGACCAGGCGCUCGAACCUGGCUUCAUCAUGUAUAGUCCGGUGACUGGGCUCUGGCGGGACGGCAUCUGGGCGGAGUUGGUGCCGAAGUGCCGACUGCAAGUAUCCAGGAAAAAACACCCAUCCCCAUCCAAUUUGUAUUUGUCAUGCAAAACAUGCAUAAAAUCUACUAUUUGUCAUGCAAAAAAUGGAUGGGGAUGGGUGUUUUUUCCUGGAUAGCAAGACUGGUCUUGGCAUUACGACGCGUACGAGAAGAAGCUCACACUGUUUGGGUUCGAGCUGACCGAAUCCUGUCACAAGAUGGCGGCGGAGGACGUUUCGAGAUUGAGUCUGAGGGCAGACCUCACAUCGUUGACAAGAACCACAACUGGAAGCCCGUUGGGAGCCGCAUCUUCUACUUCGCCGACAAUCCUCACCUCCACCAUCCGACUUGCUCGGCAUCCCCGCCAGGAUCUCGCAGUCGAUUUCAGCUUUCAGCAAAACAAAAUUGUCUUGGACAUAGCCACCAAAGUCGACUCCUUUCCAGAGUGGAGCGUCGCGUCGCCGAACUUGCACAACCUGACACUGACGGUUUCGUUGACAUCCACAACUGGAGUACUAGAGGCCCAGCGCCAGCAGCAGGAUAUGGAUAGCCAGUCCUACAAGGUUGGGUUACGACAAAUCGAGAUUCAGAAGAACCAGUUGUACCUGAAUGGGGAGCUGCUGUUCAUUCACGGAGUGCUCCACCAGGGCUACUGGCCGGAGUCUUUACUGACGUCCCCGUCGACGGAGGCGACCUACCAGGAGGUGCGGGCCAUGAAGGAGGCGGGGUUCAAUCUGGUGCGCGUCCACAUGAUCGUCUUCAAUCAGGCCUUCUACGCCGCCUGCGACUACUAUGGGUUGUUGGUCAUGCAGGACAUGCCCUCCGGCGAUGGCCGCGUGAUUCCGGCCUGGGACCUGCACCGGCGGAACUCCCAGCCCGAUAUGGACAACAACGCCGGGUUUGACGAAAUUGUCCGCAGCCCGGAGUCGUACCAGAAUUUCUUGACGGAGCUGAAGCAGAUGAUUCUCAGCCUGAAAAAGUUCUCCUCGGUCAUCAUCUGGACGCUGUUCAACGAGGGCUGGGGCCAGGCCAACACGGCGGAGACCGUGCAAGCGGCGCGCUUCUGGGACCCCACGCGGCUCGUGGACGCGGUUUCGGGCUGGAACGACCCGCUGCUGUUCGGGGAACCGCACUACGCAUUGCAAAUAUGUCUGGGUCUGGGAGUAUGCGAACUUGUGAUGCAUGUUGCGGACGAUCAUCCAAAAAUCUGUGUUGCGUGACUUGCAAAAGGUGCCCACUUCUGGCCAUGCUGAGAGGGCAUUUCUCAUGCAGAAGAGGCAUCACCAAGGGGCUGCAGAUCCUGCGAUGCUGGGCCCUGCAUUCCAGACUUGGCGGAGUUUGGAAAAACUCCAUGACGAAUGUCGCAAUCUUCCAGACCCAGACACAUUUGCGAUCCAUACGCACCCAGUGAUCCAGUUCGAAGAGUACAAGGAGUCGCAGGAGCGCACGCAGUUCAAUUUCGACAUCGGCGACUUCUUCGACGUGCACAACUAUGAGGGCAGCCCCUUCCAGAACCUGUCCAAAACCUUCGACGUCUACCCGUUUCCGCUGGCAAACCGGGUGAUUCUGGUGGGCGAGUACGGGGGUAUCGGGUUAUCCAGGAAAAAACACCCAUCCCCAUCCAAUUUGUCAUGCAAAACAUGCAUAGUUUGCGAAUAUUUGUCAUGCAAGAAAUGAAUCGGGAUGGGUGUUUUUUUCUGGAUACGGGUACAGCAAGGGGGAGAAGCACGACUACGACCCCGAUGCCAGCUGGGGCUACGGGAACGUGCGCCACAGCGCCGCCGGCUUUUUCGAGGCGGUGGAAGCGGUGUUGGACCGCCUCAAAAUACUUGCUUGUCGCGAAGAGUACAACGUCGUCGGGGGCGUGUAUACGCAGUGGACGGACGUGGAAACGGAGAUCAAUGGCCUAGUGACGUACGACCGCGUACCGAAACUCUCGCUACGACGGGAAAUGAAACUCCUGUCUGACAAACUCCUCCGCGCGUAUUAUGACUGUAAGAAGCCCAGGUGGUCUUUUGCUGACAAAAGAAAACGCGAGCAAGAAAAAUUAGAAAUGUACGAAUAAGUAAUUUUUAGAAUAACCGCUCAUGAUCUAGCAAUAAAAAAGAAAUCGCACUUGAUUGUCGUCGUGCCACGUGGCCGCCGAUCGCAAAUCCCUG